UGUGCGUUGCGCGCGCAGUCGCAGCGAUGUCCGCGAACGGGUCGGCGGCCGCCGAGCCGCGGCUAUGCCACGUGCGGAAAGUGCCCGACUUCGACGGCUAUGGCUUUAACUUGCACGCGGAAAAGGGUAAACCCGGCCAGUACAUCGGCAAGGUGGACGAGGGCUCCCCCGCUGAGGCGGCGGGCCUGCGCCGCGGCGACCGCAUCCUUGAGGUGAACGGGCAGAGCAUCGCGGGCGAGACGCACAAACAGGUGGUGGCGCGCAUCAAGCAACGGCCGGACGACGCCGAGCUGCUGGUGGUUGCUCCAGCGCCGGGCGACCCCCUGCCCGCCGAGCUGGACGCGCCACCCUCGCCGCCCUCGCCCGCCGCGGUGCCCGUUGCGCCCGCCGCGCCCACCGGCGACGCUGAAGCGCCGCGCCUCAACCUGACCAUGACGGCGGCAGAGAUGCGCGCACACCUCGCCGCUAAGAAGAAGGUGGACCCGAAGAAGGUGCCGAUGGACCUCAAGUCCAAGUUUGACAUUGUGAAGAAGCUGUAGGCGCACGCGCGGCGUUGCCGCUCCGCGCCGCGCCGCCGCCUUCCUUUGCCAUUGAUUUUAAUGUACAUAGGUAUUAUACGUUUUAAGGAAUUUCGAUAGAACUACCUAUAUGUUAUAAUUAUAUUGUAAUUUAUUUUUAUGAGCGUAAAUCGAUUGAAUUUUUAUUAGCCGAUUAUCUAAAUGUGUAGUUUAAAGUUAUCUACAUACUUAA